AUGGAUGUCAGUUAUGUUUAUGGUUCGCGAGACACUUCAUUGCUAUACGGCCAGUCAGAGCACGUAUCUAGAUCGAUUACAUCGGCAAACGUGGAUGAUAUUGUGCGCGGGAGACGCUGUGAUUGUUGGAUUUGGGGUUUAUAUGGAGAUGAUGGUGAUGAUGAUCCACACCCUAGAGUGAUGCAGUACUUAGUUGAUACUAGGUUCUAUGGAGUAUAUCGAUGUGGUCGUCUCGUAGUCGAUUUGCAUCUUAUUGCAGCUUUAGUGGAGAGAUGGCGUCCGGAGACACACACGUUUCAUUUUCAAGCAGGGGAGGCGACAGUGACACUUGAGGAUGUCGCAUUAUUAUGGGGUUUGCCUGUUGAUGGACUACCUGUUACUGGACAGGAUAUUUCAUGGUCGAAGGAGCAGUGGCAGGAUUAUUGUCAGACGUGGUUGGGAUAUACUCCUUCAGAUCGAGCUUUCAAAGGGAGAAGGCUCUACGCAACUGAUCUGGCCAUAUAUUUACAACAUUGCAAGAUUACCGAUGAUAGCACAGAGCAGCGUGUUCAGCAGCAUGUCAGGUGUUUACUGUUAUUGCUACUUGGGGGGAUUAUGUGUCCUGACACAUCUUCAAGUGCAAUCUCGUUGUUGUAUCUUCGUCAUUUCGAAGAUCUUGAGGCGGUGCGUACUUUCAGUUGGGGUAGUGCAGUUCUUGGAUAUUUGUAUCGUGAGCUAUGCACUGGGGCUUUACUUAGGAAAGUUGUGGAACAAGACGGCACUGUUGAGUUGGAUAAGAGGAAAACUAAUCUAGGUGGUGCGCUUACUCUGUUACAGAUUUGGGCAUGGUCGAGGAUCCCUUUACUCGCUCCAGCAAUAGUACCAGUAGUAGAAGAUGAUCCCCGUCGGCUUGCAUAUCCACACCCUCCUUACGGUGCACGGUAA